AUGUUUUGCCAAGGUUGCGAUGACGGGUCCGGUGACGACGGAGAUGACGGGUCCGGUGACGACGGAGAUGACGAGAGAAAUUUAUGGGGAGCAUUGACCACUAGGAGGAGCACGGGAGCGUUCAGGAGUUGGUCCAGCAUGUUUUGCCAAGGUUGCGAUGACGGGUCCGGUGACGACGGAGAUGACGGAUCCGGUGACGAGGGGGAUGACGGGUCUGGUGACGAUGGAGAUGACGAGUCUGAUGACGACGGAGAUGACGAGAUUGAUGAUGCAGCCGAUGAGGAUGGGCAAGGUAAUAGUGAAGACAACGAGAGGAGCACGGGAGCGUUUAAGAGUUGGUCCAGCACGUUCUGCCGAGGUUGGGAUGACGGGUACAGUGAUGACGGAGAUGAAGGGUCUGGUGACGAGGAGGAUGACGAGUUUAGUGACGAUGGAGAUGACCAGAUUAAUGAUGUGGUUGAUGAGGAUAGGCAGGAUGAUAGUGAAGACGAUGAGUCGAUGGACACGAACACUUUAUGGGGAGCAUUGACCACUUGGACGAGCACGGGAGCGUUCAAGAGUUGGUUCAGCACAUUCUGCCGAGGUUGGGAUGACGGGUCUGGUGACGAAGGGGAUGACGGGACUGGUGACGACAGAGAUGAUGAGUCUGAUGACAAUAGAGAUGACGAGAUUGAUGAUGUGGCCGAUGAGGAUGGGCAAGGUGAUAGUGAGGACGACGAGAUGAGAUAA